AUGUGUACCGCCGUUUGUGUACCGCCGUUUGUGUACGGCCGUUUGUGUACCGCCACUUGUGUACCUGGCCAUUUGUGUACCGGCCGUUUGUGUACCGCCGGUUGUGUACCCACCCAAAGGGGGACGUUUGUGUACCCGCAUUAUUUUUUUAGAUUUUUUAUUGUUUUUUUAAUAUUUUUGUCUUUCUUUAGGGGUUUUCAACUAAUUUUGUUAAUUAGUUGA